UCUCUGCUUGAUUUGUGAUUCAUUCAAGAUUUAUUGGUUUACUUUUCCUCUCUCUCUCUCUCUUUUUACCCCUGCGGUUUAUUGGCUGGACCUCUUCUUUCUACUUAACCCCUACUCGACCCCAUCUAACACAAAGCAAUACGAGACCAGACCAUCCAUCUUACUGUUGUACCCAUAUUGUCUUGGCACACCCGAUCCAAACUAAUAUCCCUUGUAUCAUAUUGUACUGCACUGUACCUUCCCAACUUUCACUCGACUCAACAUACAUACCCAAACCACCAUGCGAUGACCUACCCAACAACAUCUUAUACAAAUUAGUUCUACCAACCCUAUUCAUCUAUCCAAGAUGGACGACGACCUCUCCGUCAAGAUGGAGCCCUCCAAAACCUACCCAGCAUCGACGUCGACCGUCACGCCCCUCCUCGCCCGCCCCACCGGCGUCCACCGAUUCCCUCCCACAAAGGCCUUCGACAGCUUCCGACGAGGCAGCGGCCCUGAAUACAGCUUCGCGCCCGCUCUCGGUGAGAAUGGUCGUGUAUUCAAUCCCAAAGCUGCUGCGUGGAACACAGCGCAUACCCCGCUGGUGCGGAGGUUGAAAGGGAGACAUCUUCAGAUGAUUGCCAUCGGGGGUUCAAUAGGCACAGGACUUUUCAUCGGCUCCGGGAGCGCUUUAGCGACAGGUGGUCCUGCGUCUCUGUUACUGGCCUUUAUCCUCAUCGGCGCCGUGCUAUUCUGCACGGUGCAAGCGCUGGGCGAGAUGGCCGUCACGUUCCCCGUAGCCGGUUCAUUCUCCGCGUUCGCUACGCGGUUCAUCGAUCCGGCGUGGGGUUUUGCUUCGGGCUGGAACUACGCGAUGCAGUGGGCGUUCACGAUGCCGUUGGAAGUCAUGUCGGCGGCUAUCACGCUGGAGUAUUGGAAUAUUGAUCUGCCCGGUUGGGCUGCUAUUACGAUUUUUCUGUUUGCGAUUGUGAUGAUUAAUCUUUGCGGGGUGAAGAUUUAUGGGGAGGCGGAAUAUACGUUUUCUAUUAUUAAGGUUACGGCUGUUAUUGGGUUUAUAAUUUUGGGAGCAGUUAUAAAUUGUGGUGGUACCCAGGAUAGUGGUUAUAUAGGAGGCAAAUACUGGGCUAAUCCAGGCGCCUUCCACAACGGCUUCAAAGGCUUCUGCAACAUCCUCGUAACAGCCGCCUUCUCCUUCUCAGGCACCGAACUCGUCGGCCUCGCCGCCGCCGAAACCCACAACCCAUCCAAAUCCCUCCCGACAGCCAUCAAACAAGUCUUCUGGCGCAUCGCCCUCUUCUACAUCGUCUCCAUCGCCAUCGUCGGCCUCCUGGUCCCUUACACCUCCCCGCAACUCAUCUCCCGCAACAGCGUCGACUCAAAGGCCUCCCCCUUCAUCAUCGCCAUCCAAUCCGCCGGCAUCGAGGGCCUCGAUUCCGUUAUGAACGCCGUGGUCAUGAUCGCCGUUCUAUCCGUAGCGAAUUCCUCCAUGUACGGCGCAACUCGCACCCUGCAAGCGCUCGCCGAGCAAGGCCAAGCGCCCCGGGCCCUAGCAUACGUGGACCGUAAAGGCCGACCCUUAGUAGCCAUCGCCGUAGCCUCAGCAAUCGGCCUCCUAGCCUACCUCUACGUGUCUCCCGUCCAAGGCCCAGCGUUCACCUGGCUGCUCGCGCUCAGCGGGCUAAGCAGCAUCUUCACCUGGGCCAGCAUCUGCUGGGCGCACAUCCAGUUCCGCAAAGCGUGGACCUUGCAAGGAAAUUCGCUCUCCGACUUGGUAUACCAAUCCCCCAUCGGCGUCGCGGGCUCGUGGAUCGGUCUCGUCUCCCUGAUCCUCAUAUUAGUCGCGCAACUCUGGGUCGCGAUCGCGCCCGAGGGCGCAAGCGCAAAUCUGAGUGCUGGGGAAGUAGCGACGAAUUUCUUCGAGGCGUAUCUCGCGAUGCCGGUCGUGCUGCUGUUUUAUGGGGCGUAUAAGUGGGGGUAUGGGACGCGGUGGGUGAGGGUGCGGGAUAUUGAUUUGGUGACGGGGAGGAAUGAGUUUGAGAGCUUGGGCGUGAGGAGGCAGUGGAGGGAGGAUCGGAGUGAGUGGCCGAGGUGGAAGGUGGUUUAUAAGAUGCUUUGUUAGAGGGGGGUGGGGAGGGGG